AUGCGCACCAGCAUCGCCUUUGCCAUCCUUGGCCUCUUGGGCUCCGCUCUGGCGGCGCCCAUGCCCAAGGCCGACUGGGUCAAGAAGCCCGGCUAUCGCCCCAAGAUGCACCAGCCCAGCCGCCGUGCUCUGUAUGUCGACCAGGUCGCCGAGACCACCACCUACCCGACCACCACAGCGCCCAAGGAGAACCCAUGGCUGUACUUGUCCAACGAUGAGGCUGCCGCAGUCAUCCUGUAUCUCCACGACCAGGAUGUUCUCAACCUCACGGCCGUCGACGACGCCGGCGCUUGGGACAACUCCAUCCUCGUGGUCGACGUUUCGCCUCCCAAGAAGGCUGACGUCAAGGCGUACUUUGACGGCAACGGCACCAAGCCUGAGCGCUAUGCCGUCGCAUCGCUCAUGUUUGGUGCCACCGAAGAGCCAUUUGUCCAGGACUUCCUGGUUGGCCCACUUCCCAUUACAAACGCCACGACGUUUGUGCCCGAUACCGGCUCCAACACCGCCGCCAAUGCCUCAAUUCGCGUGUACGACGCCGACGCCUCGUACGACUACUACUCGGACGUUGCCUGGGGCAUGGCGGACAUUGUGUCAGACCUCCUGAAUGUCACCAUGGACACCGAGGACGACCUGAACGACAUCUUCUCCAUCUGGGGUAUCGACCCUCUGUGGAGGGAGACGGUCGACGGCGAGGAGCGUGUCAUUAGCUGGGUUCAGUUCUGGCUCAACGAGCCUGAAAUCACCGCCGACGACGGCACCCAGGUGACCUUUGACGGCCAGACCCUCACCCCGCAAGGUCUCUACCUCAAGUUUGACAUUACUGGCCGUGACUCGUCUCUCUGGAGUCUCAAGGGCAUUCUGUACGCCGACGAGUUUUACGAGACCGAGGACGAAUUCCGCGCCGCGUGGUCUGCACCGGGGUUCAACAAGCUCAUUCCCAACUAUGCGGGCGAGUGGCUCGGCACCGACAAAGUCCCCAACGUCACUCUCCCGCUCGAGACACUUCCCCCACCCAUGCAGGUCCAGCCUGCCGGCCAGCGGUUCUACAUUGACCCCGACCAAAAGUACGUCGAAUGGAUGGGCUUCACCUUCUACCUCUCCUUCACACGCGACACUGGUAUGAGCCUUUACGACAUCAACUUCCAAGGCGACCGCAUCAUCUACGAGCUGGGCAUGCAGGAGGCUGUGGCCCACUACGCAGGCAACGACCCUGUCCAGUCGGGCACUGCAUACUUGGACUCCUACUACGGCUUUGGCAUGUACACUGUCACCCAGGUGCCCGGCUUCGACAUGCCCACGUACGGCACCUGCCUCGACUCGAAUGUCCACGCAAGUGAGGUUUCCAAGCAGCACCCCUGUGCAAUCAGUAUCUUCGAGUCGGACGCGGGUUAUGCCCUCCAGCGUCACUCGACCUCGAGCUACGUCUCCACUACCAAGAACAUUGCUCUCGUGGUCCGCUCGGUCGCCACCGUCGGCAACUAUGACUACACCACCAGCUACUCGUUCUUCCUGGACGGCACCAUCGAGGUCAUGAUCCAGGCCUCGGGCUACAUCCAGUCGGCAUACUACUAUGCCAACGAGGGCUACGGCUACAAGAUCCAUGACAACCUCAGUGGCUCGAUGCACGACCACUCGCUCAACUACAAGGUCGACUUUGACAUUCUCGGCGGCAAGAACACAAUGAUCAAGCACUCGGUCGAGCCCGUGACCAAGGCGUUCAAGUGGUCAAACGGCGUCGAGCGCAACACGAUGCACAUUGUCGAAAAGGAGAUUGUCAACGAGGACCACGGCAAGCAGUUCUGGGGUGCCAACGGCAAGGACCACGUGAUCGUCGUCAACAAGGACACCCCGAACAAGUAUGGCGAGUACAGGGGCUACAGGAUGUCGCCAUCCAAGGGAGGUGCCGGUAUGCACGUCACCAUCGCAAACUCUACCAACCUCGCCAACGCCGGAGGCUUCACCACCCAUGCGUACUAUGUGACCAAGCACCACGACUCGGAGACACGCGCCGCCUCGGCCUGGAGCGACUACGACCCAUGGAACCCCAUGCGCGACUUCAACACCUACUUUGACGGCGAGGACAUUGAGCAAGAAGACAUUGUCGUCUGGUUCAACCUGGGAAUGCAUCACGUCCCCCACACCGGCGACAUCCCCAAUACUGUGAUGACGACGGCGCAGUCGGCCAUGCUCCUCACCCCCAACAACUAUUUCCUCAGCGACCCCUCCCGCCAGGUCACCAACAUGAUGCGCAUCAACUAUGGCGCGGACAACGUCAGUACGGUGGACACGUUUGGUUCCGUUGCUCCCAACGGCACGAUCAACCUGGAGAACAACCUGUGGGACCCCUACACGUACUCGGGCGACGUUGCAGUUCGCAAGUUCCCGUACGACCCCACAAACCCUUACAACGACACCGAGUCGAUUGUGUGA